UCACCACUGACGGGCGGGGCCGUACUGCGCGUCAAUCUGUGGGAAUGAGGGGGGAAAGAAGACAAGGUGAAAGAUUCGGACGCCGUGUGUGUCGAUGAUCUCCUGCACUUACGAAGCCUAGACCAUCCAGGUUCUUCAGCAGAAUGGAACUCUGCCAGAAAGGACCUGACGUAUCGGGGUAUGCAGAUAGGUGACUCAGAGGGAGGCACAGCAGCAGAUCAAUGCCAGAAGGAAGUCCUCACCGAGGUGGGGAUCUGCAAUGAAGUCAUAGGGCAUGAGGGGUGCAGGGCCAGACGGCACGUCGAAGGAACGCCUCCCCUCCAGCCUACACACACAAACGAAAGCCGCACAACGUGAGGGGCUCUGGGGGGAGGAGGUUUGUCCUGGAUUGUCCAUCCCCUCUCACCUCCUGGUUGUGCUUGCAGCCCCUGCAGUUGAUUGGAGCCUUCUCAU